AUGGACGGUCACCAUAGCCCUAGACCAACAUCUGGACUUGCGUCGCAUACCCGCGCAAAAAGCACUUCAUCGACUGCCGCCAGUUAUCCGCUCACUAUACCCCCGAAUGCGGUUUCCCCAGAGCCCGCCUUCAUCGAUGCUUCUGCGGCCGCUCAAAUAGUCACAAAUGACCAUGACAGCCACGCUGAUGCUUGGUAUGACCAAAAUGGCAUUGAGCCCUCAGGUGCGCCCGUCCAAGUUUCGGACGGAGCUUUGAAGCUAUUAAACGGUUUCCUCGACCAGCUUCUGCUCAAUGUCCUCAAAGCUUCACCAUCGACAAACCUGUCGGACCUCCGCCCAGCAAUCGCCGCAAUUCUCAAGCCCAAUCUCGCCAGCGAUGUGAUAGAGAACGCUGAAAAAGAUCUAGUGGCUUGCAAGAUUACACGUGCCGAAGCCGAACACGUGCAACCAAUCGACGACUCUCCAUCCCGCACACGGGAUGUAGAGCUUAUCUGGAAGCGAAUGCGACUUCGGUGCAUGGUUUACUCGUCCCUCGGCGAGGUGGAAGACGAAGAUGCAGCAAUGUAUAUGAAGCAAGAACAUCUCGAAGUUGGUGUUGGCGCACAGGUUUCCGACGUCAUCUCGCCAGCUGUGGCAAUUUUCAUGACGUCAGUCAUCGAGUAUAUGGGCGAGCUUACUUUAACGGUAGCUGGACAAGCGGCCUACCAGCGUGUUCGCUGUGAUAUCGACAGAGGCCUCAAGGACGGCAGCAGGCAGCCUGGUGAUAUGGCUGAUCAGAUCAUUGUCGGGGAGGCUGACAUGGAGCGCGUGGCUCUGGACAUGACCCUUGGCCGUCUCUGGCGUGGCUGGAAAAAGCGACUUCGAAGCCGCAUUACAGACAACAUCCCCCGCCCAAUCUCACAUAUUGCCUCCUCGCAUUCUCAGCAUGGCCAUUUGGCGUCCCCGAAGUCAUUCGCCGGGGACACAAAUGCCCUGUCGACUGGACCGCAAGAAUAUGCCGAGGAGGUGAUCGUGGAACAUGCUCAACCGUUCGAUAUCCCGCUACCUAUGGGUCCUUGCGACGUCGGCGAAAUUGAGCUACCCGGUCUUGUCAACUAUAGCGAUGAGGAAUCUGAAGCCGAGGACGAAUUCUCUCCCUCACGACCCAAAAGCUCCUAUGCCAAGAUCCCUGACCAACUGACCUUUAACAAAGCUGGGAAAGGACUCUAUGUUGAAGGAGUGGCUGCCAAAACUCGCCGAAGAUCCAGCUCCAUGCCGCACACUACUCGAGCGCCGUUCUUUAUUGUCUCCAUACCGGGAGAAGGGACCGCGGAGAUGCAUGUGCCCGCCCAGGAAAGCGAGCCCCAGCCCAAUGAGCAGCUCGUGUCUGAUUUGAGCGAGGAAGAUGUGUCUCAGAAACAUAUGUCUAGACGCUUGGCACCAAUCGGACUUGGCCUGACUACGCCCAGAACUCAGAACAACAAGACGUCCAGUAAGACUUCUGUUGUAGAUGAUGUGGCUUGGGACUCUGAUGGGCCAGAAGAGGUGGCCACUUUCGAAAAGGCCGAGCUUAUUACCUCGUCCAGAGUUUCGGUCGAUAGCAGCCCAUCUUCAGCUUCCAGUGAAUCGCCAAAGAAGGGCCACAAGCGGAGUACGUCUAGCAUGCACUCGGCUCGGAUAAUUGAUGUCCAGGCCCCGAAAAGUCCUACUACAUACUCUCGCCAAGGAUCUCUGGAGAACGCCCAUGUUCGGUCUGCGAGCCUGUCCGGUGCCGCUGCUUUUGCUGGCACCGCAGUUGUGGCUGGCGCUACCGGGGCUCUUCUGGCAACAAAGUCAUUCCAUGAUUCCAGUCCUGUCGAGAAGAGCCCCUCAUCUCCACUAGUACCGUCUUCGCGAACACAAGUUGAGCGUGCAACGCCAACCGUCCGUAAUGCAGGUACUAUCUCCGAGUCGGAGGAAGGGUCGGACUAUCACACUGCCCACGGAAAUAGUGAAGCGCCUGCCGCUGUAGCUACAUCUGGAAAUGUAGUGACCCGAGGUAAUCGGAAUGCCAAGUCUCCGAUGACGCUUGAUGUCGAAAAGGCCACAAGAGAUGCUCUUGGCGCUCGCGAGCCUCUGUCGCCGAGACUUGUCAACACAUCAUAUGACGGCAAGCCGUCGCCCAACCCGGCAAUGAUUGCAGAAGCCAGAUCCCCCGGCCACUCGCCAAGCCCUAGAAACCUGCAUGGGUUCAGAGACAACAAGGCCCCAGGCACUCUUGAGACACUUCGCGCCCAGGAGGAAGACGAAGAGUUCUCUACAGCCCUACACUCAGUCGGCCCUGCGAGAACGAUCCACACGUCGGGAUCGUCUGGCUCUUCGGCCACAGGAAGAAUGAAGGUAGUUCGGUCGUCCGAGGAAAAUUCCUCCACUGGCCGUUCUGGCAGCGUUGUGCGAAAUUUUGAGGAGCUCAUCCAGAGCAAUCAGACAAUCACAUACACCCUCACACCAGAGAGCAUGCGCCACGCUGAUUCUUCCAAGCCUUCGCUCGAUAGCCCGGUUGUGACGAAGUUCCCUCGCAGAAGCGAAGACGCACGCUCGCCGAUUAAUUCACAGCCCUCACCAACGACGAGCGUCUCGCCAUCGACAUUCCGUGGCCAAGGGUUCGAAAAUUCGUCCAUUUCCGAAGCCAAACCCUCUGGACCCAUUCCACGAGCCCCAGCUGGUAUUGCUGUGACUACUGGCAGAAUGGAUGGGCCACAGGCAAGAGAUGCAAGGGUACCAAGUGAGACCACAUCGGACUUUGCGCAGUUCAUUAAGUCCACUGGGCCGACCCCCGAAAGCAGGCAGCUAUCUGGACGCGCCUCAAACGACAAGUCGGGACUCUCUGGACCCGUGCCACGCGCACCGGACUCGGCGCGCCGCGCUUCAACCAUUAGCAACAAGAGCCGCUUUCAACCCCGCGAACCGGUUACGAGCAAGAAUGAUACUCGCGAUCUCAUCGACUUCAUUCGCCAAGGCCCGCCGAUUGCAGCGAGUAAUCAUCGCAUCCCCCGUCAUGUUGCCCCGUUUCGAACAACUAUGGACUCUGACCAAUUGGCCGGUGUGCCUGGCGGCAAGGCUGUGGAUGCGAACAUACCUGAUCUUCGCUAUAGCCAAGGAUCUACAAAUGUAACGGAGAACUCGUUGCAAUCUUCGUUGAACUCGAACUCGGCCCUUCUCAAGGGAAGGGGUGGCAACAGCAAGAUCGCCAGCAUAUUUGGUGAGGAUGAUAUGCCCAUGCCGCAGCGAAAGACUCGUCGCGUCCGUGACCCUUAUGCUAUUGACGUGAGCGAUGAGGAUGAGAAUGAUGACGAAGAUGUGCUGGCAGCGGCACCUGCGCCGCCCGUCAAGGCGAAGAGGGAAGAGAGUCUGGCAGAAUUUCUACGCAACUACAAUCCCCCGGCGGAGCCAACCGCCACCACCCGACACAUCCCCAAGAAGAAAGCCAGUGCUCCCAGUUUGAUUGGCCGCUUCACGCGGAGCAAUACCGCCAAGGACACGGCGUCGAUUGCGUCGGUUGACGGCCGCUCCCUCAACAGCCGCGCGAGCCAUCGCGGACACGUUCCCAUCCAGAUUAGCAUGCCACCUGGCUACGACAAGUAUGGCGCGAUUGAGGCGCAGUCGACUGGCCGCCCCCGUAUCUCAUCCGUGUCCGGGUCGUCUGGGCGCGUGCCCAUGAAGAAGUUCGAGCCGCGCGAGCCGCGCGAGCGGGCUGGGGACACUUUUAGAAGCGAGACGUCUGACCUGGCUGCAUUCCUGCGCAACUCUGGCCCUCCCGAGGCGCCGCCGGUGCAGCCAGCUCGCGCUGAGGAGCCGAGCAGCGGCCUGAGCAGGAUGUUUGGCCGUCGAAAGAGGACGGCGGCGUAA